CCAUUAAAGUUAUUUAUUAGUAAAUGUGAAAAAAAGGGUGUUUUCUUUGAUUUUUCCCCUCACCUUCAAAACCUCAAGUGUUCAGCAGAGGAGCCAUUUCUGACUAUUCUUUUGCUGUUGAUUAAACUGCUAGAUAUCCGCUAAAGACUAGGAGUCAGCAAUAAACUAUCAGCUGAUUCGGUGAAACUUUUAACUUCAGUUUCUCGCGGCUUCUCCUUCUCUCCCUCUCUCCCACAGGGCUGUUUCUCUUGCUCCUGUUAUUCGUAAGUAAUAACCACUUACAGUGUUGGGAUGCUGAAGGAAAUUACAGCGGCAUUGUUUUUUGGGUUGGCGAUAUGGGCAUAUCAGGCAACCAACCCUCCACCUCCGAAGAUUUGUGGAACCCCAGGUGGCCCUCCUAUUACAGCUCCAAGAGUAAAACUGAGGGAUGGGAGGCAUUUGGCCUACAAGGAGCAAGGAGUCUCUAGAGAAACAGCCAAAUAUAAGAUCGUAUAUGUCCAUGGCUUUGCCUCUACGAGACAUGAUACAAUGAGCGUGGCAAACCUCUCUCCGGAAGUUGUUCAGGAGCUGGGAUUGUACUUAGUGUCCUUUGACCGGCCCGGUUAUGGAGAAAGUGAUCCAGAUCCAAAGAGGUCUCCGGAGAGUAUAGCUUUAGAUAUAGAAGAGCUUGCUGAUCAUUUAGGACUAGGAUCCAAGUUUCAUGUGAUGGGGUUCUCCAUGGGAGGUCAAGUGGUUUGGGGCUGCCUCAAGUACAUCCCUCACAGGCUAGCAGGAGCAACCCUAAUUGCUCCUGUUGUCAACUACUGGUGGCCUGGUUUUCCUGCCAACUUAUCAACAGAAGCCUACUACCAACAGCUACCUCAAGACCAAUGGACAUUACGUGUUGCUCAUCAUGCUCCAUGGCUCACCUACUGGUGGAACACUCAGAAAUGGUUUCCUGCAUCGGCUGUUGCAGCCCAAAAACCUGAAGUUUUCUCCCGCCAGGAUUUGGAACUGCUUUUCAUGGCUACAGGCGGAGGAAAGGACAACAAGCUACAAGUAAUGCAUCCACAAACAAUUCAGCAAGGAGAAUUUGAAACCUUACAUCGAGACAUGAUGGUUGGAUUUGGGAAGUGGAAAUUCGAUCCCAUGGAUCUUGAAAAUCCGUUUCCUGAAAAUGAAGGCGCUGUUCAGCUAUGGCAGGGUGAUGAAGAUAAAAUGGUGCCUCCAAGCUUGCAACGAUAUAUUGUCCAAAGACUUCCAUGGAUAAACUUCCAUGAGGUAUCUGGUUCUGGACACCUGUUCCCCUUCAUCCCAGAGAUAUGCGAAGCGAUUAUAAAGUCUUCAGUGCUGGGGAAAAACUAGCCUUUGUUCGAGCUUAAUUGGACAAACAGCAAUUUUCCCUCUUAAAUCUUGGGUUCAUGCAGUAUAUCCCUCAUUCUAUUCCUAAUAUCAAACUUCUUGCAACAAGAUUAAAUUAUGACUUUAAGUCUAUUCAGAGCCUCAAAGUUUGCUACAAGCUAGCAGUGUUAAACUGUUAACAUUGUCUGGUUGACAUGUACAUCAAAGAGUCCAUUGAUGAAGUGUGGUCUAAGCUGCAAAUGACAGGCAUGUCUGGUUCCAAAUGUUUGAGUCCACAUCAUUGGGCAGCGUUUAGUUACUAUUUGUCGGACAGAAAAGACGAGAACAAUUAGAACAGAGAGGACAUGUUCCCAUGUUCUUGUUUUGAAAUAAUAAAAAUUCACUCAUAUUCUGGAGCCA